GAUCUUUAUCAAACACGUUCAAUCUCACACAAGAAGAAACCUUCACGUAAUAUUACCACUAUCAAAAAUCAACCCCUUUUCAUCCAAACCAUAUUCCAAGAUGCCUCUCGUCGAUCCAGUUACCAACAGUGCUGCCGGUGGCGAUGACAAGAACCAGGUGUGGAUGAGCAAAUUGGCUGGAAAGAAGAUUGGUGAAACCAGCGAUGAGACUACAUUCGCAAAGCAAGAUCUUCCUGAAGAGCACAGAAUCAUCGAGCCUGGUUCGAUGGUCACCAAGGAUUUCAAGGAGAACAGACUCAAUAUCCAUUUGAAUGAAGAUGGAACUGUUUCCCAUGUCAACCACCAGUAGGAAGAUGGAGGGAAGACCCAAGGUUAAUGAUUUGGGGAGGAGCUUCUCGAGCGUUUCGAGUUUUAAAGAUGAUUUGACGACCUUUAAUGUGCUUUUAUGAGAAUACGUAAAUAUGUUAUACAAUGCUACGUUUGACUACGACA